CUCUCUAUUGACAUCUUACGCUACCAUCUCACUUUGAGAUCCGGGCACCGCAUCCUCGUCAUACCUAUUCUUCAAUGGCGCCGAAUUAGCAUUAUACCCCCUUCACGUUUGACCAAUUCGCUGCUUUGUGUUGCCAUAUGCAGGAGAACCUGUAGUAGUCUUCGCCGUCAUCAAGAAUCGUGUCUGUGUCAGAAGACGUGUGAAGCACAAUGGAUGCUGUCUAUGGGCUCGGUGGGCGACUCUUUGUCCUCACGAACAUGUCCGCGUUUUUCGCAGAAGAUGCCGGUCCCGUUCGAACAAGCUUCCAUGCUCUGCUCGACCUCCCCCGUCGUUAUCCAGUGCGUAACCAGAUGAUGCCCCGCCAUAUGGCUUGCGCACGCACCCUCUCGAACGUCUUCGCUGACACUGACGUCCGAAACUGUCACAUUCUUCUGACGCACUGGAUGACCACCCUGGGUGUUCAUCAGAAUAUCGCUCCCGCAUGCGAUCAACACGCUGGACUGCUUAGCGUCAAGGUGACAAACCCAAUCACGCAUGUCCUCCAGCGUACUAAUGUG